ACCUAUUCAGCAUAAACGGCGAUCAUUGGCGUGAGAUGCGGAAGCUCCUUAGUCCUACUUUCACAUCCGGGAAAAUAAAAAUAAUGUUCAAAUUGAUAUGCAAAUGUGCGGACAACUUUGCCAAUUUCCUGGCAAAUGAUUCUGGAAAUAUCGGCAAGACGUACGACAUGAAAAAUGUUCUGAGCAGAUACGCCAACGACGUAGUGGCCACGUGUGCUUUCGGCAUAAGCGUGGAUUCGUUUAAGCAUCCGAACAAUGAUUUCCUUCUUCUCGCCAAGGAAGCCGCGAAUUUUACCAGUAAUCCUAUCAAACUCUUAGUAAAUAAAAAUUUUCCGCUACUCGGAAGACUUCUCGGAUUGAAAAUAUUUAGCUCAAAAAUGAAAAGUUUCUUCAAGGAAAUUAUUGCUGAUACAGUGAAGACUAGGGAUGAGCAAAAAAUUAUUCGUCCAGAUAUGAUUCAUCUGAUGAUGGAGAAAAGAGAUAAUGAUCACGGUCUUACGAUGGACAUCGACGAGAUGACCGCUCAAGCGUUCGUCUUUCUCGUUGCUGGAUUUGAUUCAACAUCAUCAGCCAUGUGCUUUCUGACACAUGAAGUCGGAAUCAAUUUUGAUGUCCAGAACAAAUUGAGGGCCGAGAUUGAUGAUAUUCUUGCUCAGACUAACGGCAAGCCCACUUAUGAAGCCAUCAGCCAAAUGGAGUACUUGGAUGCUGUGAUAAAUGAGACCCUUAGAUUGUAUCCAUUGGGAGGUUUCCUCGACAGAAUAUGCGUCAAAGAGUUUGAAUUACCACCAGCGACUCCGGAUGGCAAACCGAUCACGCUGAAGCCCGGAGACAGCAUCUGGUUUCCGCAUUACGCUCUGCAUCGCGAUCCCAAAUAUUAUUCUCAGCCGGACAAGUUUGAUCCCGACAGAUUCUUGAACGGUGAAGUAGACAACUCGGUCUACAUGCCGUUUGGUAUCGGGCCCAGAAUGUGCAUAGCUAACAGAUUUGCUCUGAUAAAACUGAAGAUUAUGUUAUUUUAUUUGCUAUGGCGUUGCGAUCUUGAACCCGAUACUAAGACUAGCAUUCCCAUGGUACUCAGCAAAAAAUCUUUUUUGAUGAAUCCGGAAGGCGGUUUUUGGUUAAAAUUACGAGCGAGGAAAUCGGAGGCGGCUAUUCCGUUCUUAUCGAAUGAAAGUGUAUGCGAAGAUUAACCACAUAUUUAUGAUUCAUUUCAAGCAAGAAAUUGUAUUUGAACUACAUUUUUUAAAUUAGUGAAUCCAUAAUAUACAUAGGUUUCUUUCGUUUAAACAUUUGAUAUAGUAAGAUUCAAUAUUGUAAAAAAUAUAUUUUUGUUUUAAACACUGAAAAUACUUUCAUAAUUUUUCAAAAUACUUCGGUUUUGUUGUAUUAUCAAAUUUGACAUAUAGGUACACAAUCUUUUUCGUGUUGUCUUUAUUUGUAAACAAAUCAUAAGCACGCUCGUGUUUUAUUAAUAACAUUAGAUAUUAAUUAAGUGUUAAUUAUAUAUUACUAUGGUAGUCAAUAUUCUAAAAAAUAAAAGUUUAUAAUACAUUCUUAA